UAGAACUGCCCACAUAUAUAUAUAUAUAUAUAUAUAUAUAUAUAUAUAUAGAGAGAGAGAGAGAGAAGCAACAUCAAUAGCAUGAAGGAGAAGAAACAGAGGAAACCCAAAGGAAGAAAGAGAGCGUGAGAGAUAGAGAUCCAAAAGGUGGAGAUUUUUUGGAGGGAGAAUGAAGGAGGGGGAGAUCUAAUUUUGGAUGCAAGUCAAAAUCACUUGUCUCUUCCUCCAACCUCCAACAAUAGGAGUACAACAUUCUCCGGCUUCUGCAUCGACAAGGGAGAAUCAUGCAUGUGCUCUACUCUGGUUGUGGCAACGGAAAGAAAACAGGGUAAUGCUCGGAAGAGGUUGGGGGCAAUCCUGCGGCUGGUGGCUCUGUCUUUGGUCCGAGCAAAGGUGGAAGGAUGGUGGUGGCUGCCCAGAGUCGAGAGAACAGAGACUGAAGCGACUCUCUCCUUUUUUAUUUUUAAAUAAACUACUCUCUCCUCGGUUAGGCUUAGGGUUAUAGGGUAUGUGCUAUGGGUAGAGCUUGGGCUUGAGAGUGUUUGGGACUGGUUGGGCUGUGAUUAGGAGCUUGGCCUGGGGAGAGUUUGGGCUUUGGUUGGGCUAUGGGUGUGGGGGACUGGGCUAGGGAGAUAAUGAAAGAAUUUCGGUUGGUAGGUUUUGGAAUUCGGAAAUUCGGGUCGGUCAAGACUACCCUGGUUUCUGAAUUAGUUCCAUUUUACUUCCAAAUUUCUAACUGAAUAAUAAUAUUUUGAUUUUGAUUCGGAUUAAACUCGGUUCAUUCCAGUUCGGAUGGUGUGUUAUCGAACCGGAUGUCCACCCCUACCUCAAUCCAAACACUAAUUUCUUUCCCUCCAUUCACUCUUCACUCUUUCCCUUCUUUUCCCCUUGUUAAUAAGAUUAAGUUAGUUAUGUAUCGCUUAGAGGAUGUUCUCAUCGUUAACUGGGUCGGCGGCGGUAUGAUUUUUGUCUCCCCCAUCCCAUAAGUACCCCACCAAAAGUAUCUCUUCGUAUAUGGAUUAUAUUUUAAUCUCUUGAUGACAGGAAGAGUAAUUCAAAAAAUAAAGAGUUGAAAUGUAAUUGAGUGGCCCGUCAAACCAAAUACUAAUUUAUUUCACUUCAUUCACCCUUCACUCUCCCAGUUUUUUCUCCAUGUUAGAGAAAGCUGUUUUUUACUGGUUUGGUCCUCUCUGAAAUGCUCUCGUCUCCUCUAAAAUCUCCAACGCCGACGUCGGACCUGUCUAUGACCAGACAGCCUCCGGAUCCCGCUCCCAUAUCCCUUUCUCUAUCCCCAUUGAUCCCCUGCUUGUCCACGACAACUCCUUAGCUAAAUUUCAAGGUCGCCCUCACCAGAGCGCCUCCUCCGACUACCAGUAAGAUGAACCAAUGGACUUUUGUUGGGGAAAAUGAUCUGAUUCUAGGUUCCAUUGGUGGGGAACCAGAACUAAAGCUCUCCGACAUAUUCAAGGAACAAUUAUGUCUUACUUGAAAAAAAACUAGUCCUUCGACUGCUCAGUCGGUGUCGUAUGGCUACCUAUGCUCACAGCUUAGAUGGAAAUGGCGGCCCGCGAGGAUGCUGGAUAUUCUCGACCUCAACAACGAUACUUUCAUGACUACCUUUAACAAUGAACAAGACUAUCUUCAUGCUCUGACGGGUGGCCCAUGGGCCAUGGGUUAUCAUAGAUCACUACCUGGUGGUGCACUAGUGGUCUUCGACCUUCCGAACCUCUCAAAAAGUUCAUCGUUCUGUUGUCGCUUGGGUCCAACUUUCAGUAUUGUCGGUCCAUUUCUCCCACACAGAGUUUCUUUUUACGCCGGGGAAUCUCAUUGGGCGCACAGUAAAACUUGAUUAUCACACGAAGAACCUCCAGCGAGGGAAGUUUGUGCGGCUGGCGCUGGAAUUAUACAUGAACAAGCCUCUACCUACACGCAUCUUUCUUGAUGAUUUUUGGCAGAAAAUUGAAUACGAAAACCUCCCACUGAUUUGUUUCGAUUGUGGUUGCAUCGUGCACACGGAGGAUAACUUCCCUAAGCGAAAUCCGACUUCCAGUUUGGCCAUGAUCAUUGCUCUGGCUGAUGUGCAGGGAUUGAUGACGAGAAGUUGCUCGGACGAAUCAUUGACGAGAUACGGGCCGUAGAUGCAAGUGGUCCUCAAAUCACGGGAACCCAAUAAGAUAAUUUCCUCCAAUAACGACCCAAAUCACGGCAAACGGACGAGCUGAACCCCGGAGAUUGGGCGCUCCAACGUUAAACUGCUCACUAAAGGAAACUCUUCGAAUAUGGUGGCAAGUAUCCCACCAGAAAGAAAAGGAAAAACGAUGGCAAAGCAGAGGUUUUGGCCACCCAUAAAGGGAAAGCAUUCGUCCCGACUGGAACUCCCAUCUCGGCUACAAAGGCUGGAGAAAGUCAAACCUUCCGAAUAGUUGGGCCUAAGGAUGUUGUGAGCUCAAAGGAACUCAGUCCCCAUCGUUAGAAAAGUCUACUUCAGCCAGCCCAUCUGGCACUUACGAGCCUUCACUCCCAGUCACAAGAAUCCUGGGCCCAAACAACACCCAGAUCCAAGUGAUGAGUGUUCUGCCUUUGGAGCGCCCUGAGAAGGAAAACAACAAUCCAAAUGAGAGCUCCUCCAUUCGACACCAUUACCGAAGAAAUCUAGCCAACACAUCCCCAAAUUAGGGAAAGAAUAAGGGUCUUAACCUCAAAUCCUCCAAGAAGCCGGUUCAAUUGACCCAGACUGCGAAAAAGGAAUUGAAGAAGGAGCUAACGAUAAGGUUGCAGGAGUCCGCUCUCCCCCUCUCCAUUAGCUUUGCCAGUGUCAACGCUUCAUGAAUUUGAUUAAUGACCCUAACCUUUUCGAUUUGGGUUUUUUAGGUUCUCGCUUCAUAUGGUUCAAAGGCGAUUCUCCAGCAAACCAAAAGGCUAGCUACAUUGAUCUCUCGCUCUGCAACUCAGCUUAGAAUGCAACCUUUGCAAACACAACUGUCCUUCAUCUCCCCAAACCUUUGCAAACAUGACUAUCCUAUCUAUCUUUCCGAGCCCCUCUAACAAUAUGGGAGGAGCCAAGUCAUUCUGCUUUGAGAUGGCCUGGCUUCUCCACGAGAGGGUUUUAUUUUAUUUUUUUACAGGUGCCUGGAAUCCCGAUGCUGAUCUCCAUCAAGGAUUAAAAGAUAUUGCAUCCAAGAUCCAAGAGCGGAACAAACUCACUUUCGGUGUCAUUAGGCAUCGCAAGAGAAGGCUGUUGGCCAGGUUUAGGGGAUCCAAAAUCGUAUCAACGCGUCCAAUGCCCCCGAGGUGGCUGAAACUUCAAACUAAACUGGAGAAAGAACUGGAUGACUUCCUCGCUCAAGAGGAAGUGAUUUGGUUUAAGCGUGGAAAAGAGAACUGGGACAAGUUUGGCGAGCAUAAUACCUCUUUCUUCCAUCAACAGGCCAAUAGAAGCAGGAGGAGGAACAAAAUUCUUACUCUACGAGAUCCCAACGGGAAUUGGGUGAAGGAUCUGAUGGCUUUGCGGGACUUAAUCAUUGAGUUCUUCACUACCCUUUACACGCAGGAGUAGCCGAACUAUAAUGACCUUAUGCCUAAUAACUAUUUUCCUCGUAUCAAUCAUGAGGAUCUUCUUACUCUCUUGCGCCCUUUCAUUAUUAAUAUUUUCCAUAAAUCAUUUUUUGAUAUGAAACCUUUCUCGGUGCCGGGUGGUCGGGGCCAGAUGGUUUCAAGACGGGUUUCUAUAAAAAAAAACUGUGGUCUUUGGUAUGAAAGAAUUUAACUAACACAACGCUUAAUUUUUUCAACACAAGUGAAGUCAAAGAGGAGUUGGUGGAGUCAACCAUCAUCCUCAUCUCGAAACUGAGAAUCCCUGAGAGUCCGGCCCACUUUCAUCCGAUUUGCCUGAAUAAUGUGUGUCUCAAGGAAAUCACGAAAGCCAUCGCCAAUAGAUUGAGACAUGUGAUGACAAAAUUGGUGGCACCAAUCAAAGCAGUUUUAUUCCAGGCCUGCAAACAAAUGACAAUAUCAUUAUUCUCCAAGAAGUGCUCCACUCCUUCUGUAAGAAAAAGGGAGCUAAAGGGGGCCUCAUUAUGAAAAUUUACUUGGAGAAAGCUUAUGACAAGCUUCGGUAGGAAUUCAUUCGAUACACGCUGAUGGUAAUUGACCUUCCCAUACCUGGGUUAGUCGGAUCAUGUUCUAUGUUCAGCAAACCAAGAUGCGGAUUAACUGGAAUGGGCAGCUCAUAGACCAAAUUAUCCCUUCUAGAGGAGUCCGCCAGGGGGACCCCUGAUCUCCCUAUCUCUUUGUGUUAUGCAUUGAAAGACUCGCUCAUUGAAUUGAAAAGGUAGUUGGCGAUAAACUUUGGAAGCCUAUCUCUCUUUCGAAGGAUGACCCAAAGCUAACCCAUUUGUUUUUUGCUGAUGACCUUGUUCUUUUUGCAAAGGCAAAGGGUGCCAGCUUGCGGUAAUUCGAAGAUUUUUGGAUGAGUUUUGUGUUAGCUCUGGUCAACAAGUCAAUCUCAAUAAGUCGGUCAUGCUGGUCUCUCUCAACGUUCAUCGGGAUAAAGUGCAGACUCAGAGACCGGACUAGGAUUCCGCUUACUGCAGAUCUAGGGAAAUAUCUGGGCAUUCAUACUAUAAAUGGGAGAGUCUCAAAAGCCAGAUAUAAGGACCCGACUUUAAAGAUGCAAAGGAAACUCACUCCUCAGAAGACCAAACACCUGUCACUUGUCGCCCGAAUUACUCUGGUGAAGUCUUUUUCGUCCUCAAUGUUUGUUUACCCCAUGUUUACCGAACGAAUACCUGCCACUGUUUGUUCCUCUCUUGGCAGGAUCAACACGCAAUUUGUAUGGGGGCGAGGAGGAUGGGAAGACUAAGUUUCACCUGGUGGCAUGGGACAGAUGAUUUUUCCUAGGGAUCAAGGGGGCGUCGGUAUUAGUCGUACCAAACUUGCCAAUUAGGCGAUGCUCGCCAAGGGAUCAUGAAAGAUUGUCGUAAACGACCAAUCCCUUUGGACUCGGGUCAUGAAAGGAAAUAUGGUUGCUCUAUAGACGACAUCAAUGGUCUCACCAACAGAAAAGAAAAUUCAAUUGUAUGG